AUGGGACAGGGCGAGCGGCAGGGAAUCCACCCAUUUUUCCAGCAAGAGUUUACAGUUCCAGAGAAACGUGGCGUGCCCAGUGCCUCGAACCUACCAACCGAAACGACAUCAAAUAUGCUCACCUUCACCUCAGUCCAAAGUCAGCAGCCUGAAGCGCAACAACAGAAACAGCCGCCGUCCUCUGCCAACUCAUUGGAGCGUUUAAGAGACCAACCUGACCGAACCCCUGCGAGCUCAGAGGAGGACCCCAAUGCCAGUCGGAGAAAGAGACGAAGGACCGAAAAGACCAAGAAUGCGGAGCACGACGGCUCUCUUCAGGCUGGUUUAUCGGGUUGGUUAGGGCGUGAGAUGCCCGCGUCAUCACUACCGCCUGUUCCUACACCAGUCCCUGGAGAAAUUGGCCCGCUCGUCUCGGAUGGACCUCAGUUAGCCGAUGCUCAAGUUCUCAGUCAAGGGACACAUUCAACGGACCCGAUAGCACAGGACAGUAUUGCUGAUCCGAGUCGAAAAACUCUCAAGCUGAACCCAAAUGGAAGGCUGCUGAGCUCGCCUCCUAAAAACCUUCCGGGAACCGUUGAUCAGACCCGGAAAGGUCCCAAGCGUGGUAAACACCGGAAAACGCAAAGCAAACUGGUUGUCAUCAAAUACAGCCUGAAUCAAGAAAGGAAUGUUGGCCAAUUGAUCAACGAUAUUCUCUGCGGGAACCAUGCAUUUAGGCGAUCUGCAGCUCCGCCAAAGCCUGUUGUCCGCUCGCAACCCAUUAGCAAUAAGCCAACCCAUCCGUUCUUCUCGAAAAAACCACCUCAAAAGGCUGAUACCGAAAUUAUAUCACCCACCCCAACUGCAGAUUCCCGGGCGACCCUUACAUCUAGCUUCCUCUCAACGCGCGAGCCAAGGGGCUUUCCAGCCUCAUCCUCACCAUUCAGUCGCCCGAAGACCAAGUUCCCUGAACUUGUCCACCCAUUAUGGCCCCCACGAGACCUUUUUCACGUCAAAUAUACCAUAUCUCCACCAAUAAUUUCUUCGGUUGCACCCGUUACCUCCCAACAUGAUCACAAGAAAGCCAAACUACCGACCAUUGGGGUGCAUGAUGAAGAAAAUGCUCUCCUUGUGAGUACUGCAUUAGCACGAACAGCCGCUCAGAAGCACUUAAGCGAUAGCCACUUUCACCGCCCGACUUUGCGGCUUCCAGGUCGACAUAAUGCAAGUGGAAGAGUUCUGCAAAAAGCAAUUGACAGUCAAAUGUCCUGGUCUUUGCCCAAUCAGCCUCCCAUAGCAGCUUCUCCCUCAAUCUCCAAACUUCGGAUAAACCUACAGAAUUCAUUUUCCGCCUUCGACUUGGGGAAGUACGAAUCUCACCUUUGGUCACAAAAGUAUGCACCAAAAUCCGCCGAAGAUGUCCUGCAGGUUGGGCGUGAGCCACAAAUGCUACGGGACUGGCUUCGACAUCUCAAGAUCACCGCAGUUGAUACUGGAAAGUCCACGCACGGCAGCAAAAAGCCAAAGACAAAACACGAAAAGAAGCAGAAAAAGCGCCAAAAGGCAGAAAAGCUCGAUGGAUUUAUUGUCUCUAGUGAAGAGGAAGCAUCGGAAAUGGAUAACCUCUCUGGCUCGGAUGAUGAGCUUGCUGGUGAUGUGACUGUUUCCGCCCAGCGGACUGUUGUGCGAUCAGGAGACUUGGGUCUUUGCUCUCAGCAUGGCUUUGAUAAGGGGCAACUCGCCAACGCCAUCCUUUUGAGUGGCCCAUCCGGCUCUGGAAAAACCGCCUCGGUGUAUGCCGUUGCCAAAGAGCUGGACUUUGAGGUAUUCGAGAUCAAUCCUGGUAGCCGACGGAGUGCCAGAGACAUGCUUGAGAAAGUUGGUGAUAUGACACAAAAUCAUCUCGUGCAUCUGCUCAAUGAAUCCGACGAAUCCUCUGCCAAGGCACGAAUUCCUGCCCCAGAUGAACCCAAACAGAACAAUUUGAUGGGCUUUUUCAAAGGUCAAUCUUCAAAAGCCGCCAAAAAUAUUGAUAAAGGAGCAAGUUCUAGUGAGCCCGAGAAUGACUCCAAGCGCCCCCGGGAACAAAAGCAAUCCUUGAUACUCUUAGAGGAAGCCGAUAUUCUUUUUGACGAAGACAAGCAAUUUUGGACCGGAGUUCUCACCCUCAUCAGCCAGUCUCGCCGCCCAAUCGUCAUCACCUGCAACAAUGAGAGCCUUGUCCCCACCCAAGACAUGUCGUUGCACGCCAUUUUACGCUAUCAGCGACCGCCUCCCGAUCUUGUGCUCGAUUACUUGCUUCUCGUCGCUGCCAACGAGGGACAUGUCCUGAAGAGGAAUGCUGUGAGCAAGCUUUAUAACGGAGCUGGCCAUGAUAUCCGACGGUCUCUCAUGGACCUCAAUUUCUGGUGUCAGGUUGGCGUCGGCAGUGAUAAGGCAGGACUUGACUGGAUACUGCCAUCCUGGCCACCGCAAAAUAACCUUGAUAAAGACGGCGAACGCCUUCGAGUGCUUAGCCUCAAUACUUACGAACCGUACAUGGGAUGGUUCAAUCGGGAUCUCUUCCUUACAGAAUCUCCUCUAGAGAGAGAGACCGAAGCCCUACGGAAUACAUCACAUUGGUGGCGACUCAGCCUUCAGGAUAUAGAAGAUGCGAGUGGAUUCAACCAGGCAGAGCUUUUGUCUUCUGAACAGUACGCCUCAAAGUCCAGACUGGAGCAACUAGAGUUGCUAGGCCUUGAGUCAGACUACUCGGAGAUGAGAAGCUCUCUUGAUAUUCUUUGCUCGGGAUGUCCCUUCAACCUGUUCAAAGAUGUUCUUGAUGCCAGCGCCCCUCCAAUGCUUGAGUCUCACCGAUCGAAUUACGUCGACGCUCAUCCUCUGCUCCAAUCCGAUUUGCUGCCCGAAUAUAACGCAUUAAGCGAGAACAUAAGCAUAACCUCGGCUGCGUUGAUCUCCCGCACCUUCCGUCCCAUUGAUGACGAUAUUGAAUCGGUUUGCACAUCUCGAAUUUCCAACGGCUGGGGCCAAUUGGCAGCUAAGCGCCGGGUUUUCCCAUCUACCAAAUCCGGAUUCCAGCAAGUUUUUGAUCCCAUCAUGAAAGCCCGACACAGCACAUCCACAGGCCGCCUAGCACCUUCGUUUGAAAAUGGCCUCGCCACAAUCACCGAAGAUCUUGCGCCAUAUAUCCGUGCGAUCAUGGUAUUUGACGGCCGUCUCAAGAUAUACCGUGAUAAUCUUCACGCAGCUUGGGCACAAGAGCAAGGACGUGGAGAAGUUCGCGCGAGGACCACUCGUGCUAGUCGGGCCGCCCUCGAAGGAAGUGACAAGGCCUUUACACGAAAGGAAAGAUGGUUUCCUGAUGAGACCAAUUACUACUAUGUCCAAGCUACUGGCAAGCCAGAGUGGCAGCAUGCCUUGUUUCAGAUGGGCUAUUUCCAUGUGCAGCCUGUUGUGGAGGUUGUUAGCGACGGAGAUGAGGAGCGCCCGGUCGCGGUGUAG